GAAAAAUAUCACAUACCCAAACAAAAGACAACAUCAUUCAUCAAUGAGACACAGUUGCCACCAUUGAAUACUAAUGAUGAACUGACGAGGAGACUGUUUCAAGAGGUGUUCCUACAGAGUGGACGUGUCAACCAUGUUAUCCGCCUACUAGGCUGGCAUCCAUUGUAUUUAGAGAAGUUCCUGGCGAGCUACAACAAGGUUAUGCGCGACCCAGGCCCUCUGCCACUGGCUUGGAGGAACUAUAUAGGUGUGCUGUCGGCGGCGCGCUACAACUGCCACUACUUGGUGGAAUUGCAGGAGCACGAGUUCCUCCUCAACAAGGGCGACCCCAGCUGGUUGGUCAGCAUCGACAACAUACCACAGAAGCUCAAGAACCUGUUGCAGGUGGUGCAGCUCAUGGCGCACCAACCGUGGCUGCUGCCCACGCUGGACAUUGGCAACUUGGUCAAGGGCAUGGAUGCGUGGUCAAUCGCCGAGCUUGUGCACGCGAUGAUCCUGAUAUGCACGUUUCUCUCGCUGUCUGGCUUUGUGUUUGCCUGCGGCAUCUUGCCCGAGUACGGGCUGUCCAAGGAGGAGAAGUCCAACUUCCCCCUGUACGACAGCGACUGCGAGGUGGAGGAUAGCGCCGCCUCAGAGAACACGAUCAAGGUGAUGGAGCUGCUGCUAAAGAGGAAGCGCGAGCAGGAGGAGGAGGACGACGAGCACGACGUCGACCACCAGCAGGAGUUUCACAACGCCGGCAUGGAGUCGGGUCCGCCCUUUGACACGGUGGCCAGCAAGAUCAGGAGCAGCAGCAGCAACUAUGACGACGACGACGAACUGGCAGGAGACCUCU